UCACAGAUCAGGAGAGAAAGAACGAAACGGGGGGACCAGAGAAAGCAAAAGCAAGAUUUAUAAAAAAAAUAAAUAAAUAAAUAAAAUAAAAAUUACAUUUAAAAAAUGUUAGGAUAACCAAAAGAUUGAUUUGGCCUGGAGAGAAUACGGGACCCAGCACCGUGAGGCCGUCCCAAAAAAUGGACUUAUCAACCUUAAUUUCUUUGAAAUAAGGACACGAAACUUGGAUUAAGAGUCCAAAAAUUCUGAAUAUAUUUGCUGGAUAUAUCGAAAUUAUCAGCAACAGCAGAAUUUUAAGGAGAUUUAAUCAGAUUUAAUACAAUUGUGUCGCAGUGGGUGAGUCAGACUGAAAGUCAUCUGCUGAUGGAGGAGUCUGGUAGUCCUCGCUUUGGGAAGCUCCAUUUCCCGGUGGGCCUGUGGAUAAAUUCUCCACGGAAACAUUUUGCCAAGCUGGGAGCACGUUGGCCGAGUGCAGCAUCAGUCAAAUCUACUACUAGCUCAGAUGCGGCCUCAGUGCAUGAGGUUCCACCCCCGGUACCUUCGACUGUCCUCUCAAACCCCUCAGUUGCUCCACCCUCCCCUUCACCUAACCCUGCCUUCCUUCGUCCUCGGCCAGCCAAUCAACAGUCUCGUGCCAAGCGGCUGUCACACCUCUUUUUAAGAGGGCGAUCCAACAGUGAUCGUGACCGUGCCAUCGGAGAACGUGAGAGGGAAGUGUGGGCCCAUUCAGCCACUCCAUCACAGCAUCAUUACCUGCCGCCUGCAUCAUCUUCUGCCCCUGGACUAGUGAAGAUUUAUGGAGAUGCUCUCUCAAGUGGAGCUAACUACCGUAGCCUGCUGGCUAACAUCCACUCUACGGCGAGGCAGCUCAUCCAACAGGUCAUCACCCGAUACACUGAGAGAGAGAGGGAGAUCGAGAGUGAUGACAUAGCUCCCCAGAAGCAUUCUCCAGAGGAUUUCCUGUUGUGUGAUGUCAUUGGAAAGCCCAUUCCCCAAGCAGAUGGAGCUGUAGAAUGGCAGACUGAAUGCCGGAGAGGUGUAGCACCCUGGGAAUGUCCCCUGCUGCUAGUGGACAUGUGGAGGCCCAAGGAGGGCUUUGAACGUCGAUUCGAGAUCCAGAGACGUGACAAAUAUGAGAGGGAGGAGAGAGAAAAAGAGAAGGAGAGGGAGAGGGAUGGAGAGAAUUACCAAGUGCGCUGGAGACGGAGCCGCAUGGCCUCAGGGGGUGGUCCUGAUGAGGAGCGAGGUCAUCGAGGGCGCAACACUGAACUCAGAAGGAGCAUCAGUGACAUGAACCUGACUCUGAGGCGUCGUCAGGGCAACCAGGCCAACGUCGAGUCCAGACGUAGCGGCAACGCAGCAACCAGUGGUGGAGCACAGGAUAGGAAGAACAUUGUGAGCAUGAUUGCAACAGAGCCAGGACAGGUGACUGGAUCACGGGUUGUGGGUGAAGCAGACAGACAAGCUCGAGCAGCUGAUGAAGACAAGGAUGCCUGUGACCUGGAAGUGAUGUCCCAAAGCCUGAUCCUCCCACCUACAGACCGUCCUUACUUCCUGUUGCUGCAGGGCUAUGACCAAAGCAAGGACUUUGUUUUGUACAUCAUGGCGGGCCACACACACGUUUUUGGGCGGAAGCCGACAUUCCGCGAGAGGGAGAAGGACAGAGAGCGGGAGCGGAAAGGGAAGAGGCCUCUUAGAGUGGACACUUUCCUCUCGGCUCCUGACCUGCUCGUCCGUCACCUUCUCGUCAGGAGGGACUCAGCUGUCCCAGAGCAACCUUGCGGUGAAGCUCUGCUGCGCCCAUUCAGAGGAGGAGCUGUCAGUCAUAAUGGAGUUGUGCUCUACAGAGAGGCGGUCCUUAAGUCUGGAGAUCUCAUAGGACUCGGCAGCCACUUUGUCUUCCUGUACCGUGACCCCAGAGUGACCCCCACCCCACCCCUAGCCCUGGCUCUACCCUUGCAGGCUGACGGGACGAUUUCCUUCGGCCCUGGAAAUAUGAUGGACAGACAGGAAGCUCUCCGGAAAUAUCUGGGAUCCACUGAGGCAGUGCUGAAGUUUCAGGCAAAUCAUGCAGAUGUGCUCUUACAGGAAAUUAUCUCAAAGAAUUCAACUCCAGAUUCAGGUGGUGGACCCUUAGCACCAGCUUAUCUGCUGUCACUCAUGAUUGACUAUGCUUCCAAACAUCUGGACCCUGCACUAACACCCCAGCUGCUGUUAAACGCAGCCAAUCAGAUAAAGGCGAUUGUGUGGGAGAGCAUUAAAGAGUUUGGGGACAAACAUCCUACACAAACCUCUCCAGAAACCGAGUCUGACCUUCCUCCUCCCAGCGUGCACAAACUCUCCUCUGACCUCCGACCUCUUAUGUUCUGGAUGGCCAAUGCCACGGAGCUCCUCAACUUCUUCCAGGUCAAAGUAGAGACCAUGGAGAAGGAAUGGGAGUUUGAAGCUCCUGGUGACCCAGUUCUGUCAGCUGACAUGGACACUUGCUCGGAUGCACUGGCGCAGCUGGAUGAUGUCAUCAUGCACACUUUCCAGCAAUGUGUGUAUCACCUGACAAAGACCCUAUACUCCCUCCUCCCUACUAUACUUGAGACCAACCCUUUCUCCAGUGAAGAGAAAGAGAAGGAGAAGGCAGGAGUGAGGGAUGGAGAUAGCCACAGGGUUGAAGGAGAAGUUGGGGAGGAAAGCGAUGUACCUAAUCUACCCCCCACUGUGGCAGGGCUGGUUGAAGUGUAUCGCUGUUCCUUGCAGUUGACGCGCGAGGCCUGCCUCUCUCCCCCUCUCACUUCCCAGACCUUCGGCUACCUGUUCUUCUUCACCAACACCUCACUUCUUAACACUCUGCUUGAGAGAGAUAGUUUGUUUUCCUGGGCACGUGCUGUACAGAUUCGUACUAAUCUGGACCUGGUUCUAGACUGGCUACAGGGGGUGGGACUAGGAGAUAUUGCAUCAGAAUUCCUCAAGAAGCUGUCAAACACUGUCAACUUCCUGUGCAUUCCUAAGAUUCGCUUCAUCCAGUCAUCUUGGGCCAGCUUACAGGAGGAGCAUUCCUUGUUAAGCCCUGCACAGCUUCACCACCUUCUCACUCAUUAUAAGCUAGGACCAUCCAGAGCUCCGCCUUCCUGUUGGGCUCCGCCCCCAGGCACUGAACUCGGAGGCGAUAUUUUCGAGAGUUUUCUAGACCAUCCACCUCUCAUCUUACCCAAUGAAACCCCAAGCCUGGACCUUACUCAGCCCAUCCCAAACCCUGAGCUCCAAAAGGAACUGACACGUCUGCGGACUUUCCUGUGGGGUCUGGAUCAGGAUGAACCUCCAGCCAAUCAGAGAACUAGGCUGUAGUAGGAGAAUAGAGACUCUAUGCAUUUAAACAUACUUAAAUGCAUAGAGUCUCUAUGCAUUUAAACAUACUUAAAUUUAAACAAAACACACACCAGAGUCUUGCCCUAUGCAGCACAUCUGUAAGAUUGCAAUACAUAUCACUUUCUCUCUAUGAAAAUACAAAUUGCUUUAUUUCUGUUGCAGUAUUUCUAACUGACAUGGGCUGUAGUCCUUCAAUUCUCUUGGGUUGAAUUUAAAUGGUGUAAAGGACAUGUUUUCAAAAUGCCCCCACUUUAUUGUUUCAGUCAGACUUUGCUCAAUUAUGAUCCUUACCCUGUAUAACAUGUGCAUUAUGUUAGAUAAUUAUCCAUCAUCUUACAUAUCCAUAAGUUGUAUAAUCAUUGCCUGGUUGCAGUGGUUAAAUUUAUUUUAGUCUUUCAAAGAAUUUAGUGUCUAUUCACUCUUUUUACUUUUUAGGAAUGUCAUUGUUGGUAACACCUAGACCAAAUACACUAAUGCACACUAUGAAUGUCGGAAUUUAACAUUAAGGGUUAUAAUAAAUACAUUCAUCAUAGUAUGUAUACUAUGCCAUUUAAAAUC